UCAUGUUACAGAACUAAUCACAAAUUGAGCAGGUGUACGCUGUUCAACUAAUUGCUCUGUGGCAGUUUUCAACCAGGAUGUCUGUGUCUGUGUCGCUCCCAUGCCUCGGUUGACAGUUGUCUGCCCCAAAGGUCAAGGGGGUAGAGGACAGGGACAGAGAGGCAGUCGGGACUCGGCCUGCAAAUGGAUGGAGGAGGUAAAGGAGGACGGGGCGGGAGAACCUGCAGGGAGAAGCCGAAAACUUCAGAGCAGUUCAAACCAAACACCAGCUGUUCAUCAGCCACAGCAAACAUUUUGGUCACAGACUCUGAGGACACUGCGACCCUGGAAAGACUGGUACAGUUUCGCUCUAGUAGGUGUAGUGUGGUCGCUCUGCCAGAUGGAGGCGCCGCUGCACUCUUCUCUGUUACUGGUGGAUGUGGGUUGGAGGCUCCUGUUGGUGUGUUUACUGUGGAUGGUCCUGGGAGGUGGUGUCAAUGCCCUGAAGUGCUGCCUGCGGCCAGGACACAACCAGCCUCCACUGAGGAUACAGCAGGAGGUUGUGACUGAAAACAGGAAUAACCAGAAUUCAUGGAUGUGCCAGUCGAGGAGCCCGGGCCACGACAUCCCUCUGUCUCUUGUCCUGGCUGACAGCCUGCUGUCGUGUGUGCUUCAGGAGCCCCUGUCAGACCCCAGUGUACCCCACAUAAAGGCUCUCCUCUCCAGGCUGGAGUCAGUGUCUCACAUAGUUGAGAAGGCUGAUAUUGGGUCAGAAACGACACUGGAGGAGGUGGAUCGAGAAUCUAUACUGAUAGAUAAAGUGAAGCUCAUCUGCACUUAUCUGCAGCAGAGGACGAGGACACUGUGUAGACUCGUCCAGGUGCAGGGGCAUUUUGAAGCCAGUGUGAAGGACAUGCUGGAGGGCUUAGAUGGCCUCUGGGUUCAACUGGAGGAGUUGCACACUGGGGUCACGCUCACCAAAGAGGGGAGCCAAGGCUACAGAGACCUGGCCUUGGCCCAGAAAGAUGCAGAGACUUUGUUCGCAGUCUUCGGUCACUACAGGAACAGACUUCAGUGCUGCCAGGUUCAUCUGAAGGACAGCACACAACUAUUGCAGGAAUUAAUCUGGAGCCACACUCAUAUAAACAACAGUGUGAGCAUCAGCAGUGAGUCAGUCUGGCCAGAGCUGUUGCUUCAGUUCAACAUUGAGCAGUUUGACAAGGUGCAGGAGAGUUUCCUCUCCCUGGAACAACAGACCUCUACGUUCCAGGCCCAUCUGGAGGGUCUUAGAAAGGGGAAUCAUGCAAACGGGGCCCAUUCAUGCUCCGUCUCUCCACAGACUUCCCUACAUCUCCACAGUGGACACACAAGUGAUGUGUCACUGGAGCACCGGAACUCGAACUCUGCAUUCACGUCUGUCUCCUCGAUGGAUGCAGACACAGACACAGAAACAGACGCUCCUCUCUCACUCUGUGAGAGGUCGGCUCUGCAGUUCACCUCCACUAUCGGUCGCCUGCGUAAAUCUGGAAGGAGGAAGUGACUUUUAUUGGACUGUAGAGAUUUUGUAAACAGAAAGGCGUUAAUUAACACGGUAGAAUAUUUUCAAAUGUUGAUAAUUUUCUGGUUGCCUGAAAAUGUAUUUAUUUAUUGCUAUCUGUGAUUAUAUUACUGUGUUUUACUACUCCGCUUUCUGUUGUAAAAAAAAUUGCUUUUGUAUUUUGCAUUAAUUUUUCAUUUCAAAGUGACUAAUAGGUUUAGAGCAGGCAAGAGCAGCUUUUUUUACUUAAAGAAUAUUUUAAACACAAGGGGGCACACUUUCACCAAUUAUUACAAGCAAAACACCCAUUCAACAUACUGUAUUAUACUAUCAAACCAUUUAUAUGUUCAAUGGCGAACCAUAGCCCUGACCUUUUCUUUUCAAUCAACUUUAUUGUAGGAAAGUGUUGCCUCUCAAACAUGUGGCCCAUACAUGUGUUUCUUUAAGAUCAGAACAGUCAGCCACAACUUGUGUCGGAAGAAUCUCAUAAUGUGUCUGAUGAAUGAUAUUCAGGCAUAUAUUUCAUUUACUGAUUAAUUUCAUCAACCAUCCUAUUUGUACUUAAAGAGAAUAAUGUAAUAUUGGAUCUGAUGAUACAUUUUUUCAUUAUUGUGCUACUUGCUUUGAAGCCAUAUCUAAUGUCUGUUAAAACUCUUUAAACCAAUGUUGUAAAAAUAUAUAUUUUUUUAACAUUUG